AUGAAGCCGACAAUUAUUUCGCUCGUCGCGAGUCUUGGUGCUUUCGCCAGCUUUGCCGCGGCCGAUGAUGUGUUAUACAGCCGUCGCGCCAGCCAUUUGAAUCGCCGAUUCAUUGACGAGCAAGGCAAUUGGAACGUUUCAUUCUUCCAUAUCAAUGAUGUCCACGCCCAUCUUGACGAGUUCAACGACUCGGGGACUGACUGUGAGGAGCCUGAAGAGGGCUGCUACGGUGGCUACGCUCGUAUCAAGACCAAGGUCAACGAGCUCAAGCAGGCGCAUCCCGAUCACCUGUGGCUCAAUGAUGGAGACGAAUUUCAGGGUACCCUCUUCUACUCCUACUAUGGCCCGGAGAAGAUUGCCGAGACAGUCAACGACCUGGGUUUCGACAUUGGCACGCUGGGCAACCAUGAAUGGGAUGGUGGCGAUGAGGAGCUCGGUCGCUACAUUGAGAACCUGACCUUCCCCAUUGUUUCGUGCAACGUCAAGAGCGAGUACCCACUCUUGAAGAACAACAUCAAGAACUACCACAUCUUCGAGGACAAGAACCUUGCCGUCAUCGGCGCCACCACCGACGACACACCAACAAUCUCCAGCGUCGGUAAGGAGACCAAGUUUCUCGACCCCAUCGAGGAGGUCCAGAAGUCGAUUGAUGAGAUUCGUGAGAAAUAUCCCGACGUCAAGUACAUUGUCGCCCUGACUCACAUCGGCUACGAUGUUGACCAGGAGCUUGCCAAGAAGACCGAAGGUCUCUCCCUCAUCAUCGGUGGCCACUCGCACACACUUUUGGGCGACAUGGAAGAUGCUGAGGGAAAAUACCCUACCAUUGUCGAGGACAAGAACGGCGACGAGGUCUUCAUCGUCACGUCGUACCGCUGGGGUGAGUACCUUGGGUCCAUCAACGUGCUCUACGACACGGACGGAAAGAUCACGGCCUACCAUGGUGCCCCCAUCCACAUGACGAAUACGACAGAGCAGGAUGAGGAGCUACAGGAGAAGAUUGAGUCUUGGCGUGGCCCAUUCGAAGAAUUUGCCGCCGAGGUAGUUGGAACUACAGAUACCGACCUCGUGCAGGAGACCUGUCAGGAUGAGGACUGUCUGCUGGGGCAGGUCAUGGCCGAUGCCAUGCUGGAGUACCGCGUCAACCAGACAGAGGGUUCGGACAGCGAGAAGCCCGACUUUGCCCUUAUCAACGCCGGUGUCGUCCGUGCGGCCAUUAGUAAGGGCAACAUCACCCGCGGCGAGAUUCUUACGUCGUUUCCCUUUGGCAACACCGUCGUCCAGCUCACAUACACUGGCAAGGAGCUUCUCUCCAUCCUCGAGGGCUGCGUCUCCAUGGUAAAUCAGGAGACAAAGGCCGAUAUCAGCUCCUGGUUCCAGAUCUCCGAUGGCCUGGUUGUCGAGUACAACCCCGACAACGUCGCGGGCAAGCGUCUCGUAAGCGCCAAGGUUAACGGUGAGGCUAUCGUCGACGGCCAGAAUUACGAAAUCGUCACUCUGGAUUUCUUGGCCGGCGGAGGUGACAGCAUCCUGGUUGAGACGAGCGACUUUACUACGCUGGACGCCCAAGAUCAGGUCCUCGUCGACUACGUUGAGGCUCACACCCCGCUGAGUCCUAAGCUUGCUAAACGCGUCGUCAAGGUUGACGGGCAGGCCAGUGAUAGCGACAGCGAUGACACUGGUAGCAACAGCGACGAGACAGAUGAGGUUGAGACAACAGAUGGAAAUCAAGAGAGCUCAGCCAACAUGAUUGCCGCCUCUAUGUGGGUUGCCGUGGCAGCAGUCAUGGUGUCCCUGUAA